AUGAACUUUUUCAAGGCUAAACAGCGUACGCCAUCUGAAAUUGUGCGGGGACUGAGGGAUGCGAUCAACAAGCUGGACGCAGGGCCACCAGGGAGCGAGACGAGGCGCAAAGCUAGCGAAGAUGUUACAAAAGGACUCCAACAAGUGAAGGGAUUCUUACACGGUGACGGAGAUCCAGGUCCAGAACUCGUCGCCCAAUUAGCCACGGAGGCAUAUGCUGCCGAUCUCCUUCCAGCACUGGUCAAGUCGUGUGCAAAGUUCGACUUUGAGGCACGCAAGGACGCGGCACAAGUCUUUUCACUGUUAUUGAGGCGUCAAAUAGGGAGCCGUAGUCCAACAGUCGAGUAUAUCGUCACAAGGGAGGUUAUUGUCUUUGAUGCACUCAAAGGAUAUGAGAACGAGGAAAUCGCACUUAGUACCGGAUUAAUAUUGAAAGAGAUGAUUAAGCACGAGCCGAUUGCGAGGAUACUACUCUACUCAGACCAGUUUUAUUCCUUCCCACACUAUAUCGAGGAUACUACAUUUGGGGUAUCCUGUGAUGCUUUUGCCAACCUGAAGGAAACCCUUACGAGACAUAAACCGAUGGUGGCCGAGUAUCUUGAGGCGAAUUACGAUCGCUUCUUUACGAUGUACACAAGUCUGCUAGUAUCUAGCAACUAUGUGACUAAACGUCAAUCCCUUAAACUCUUGGGCGAGAUACUAUUAGACCGCGCUAAUUUCAAUGUCAUGACGCGUUAUAUUGGCGUCGAGGCGAGUUUCAAUUUCAGUUUUGAAUACCUCUUUGAUACUGACUUGGGUUUCACUUGGAAAAUCGUUCUUAAUGCAUUUGAUGCGAACCUUAAGAUGAUGAUGAACCUUUUGCGCGAUAAGAGCCGCAACAUCCAAUUUGAAGCUUUCCAUGUGUUCAAGGUGUUUGUCGCCAAUCCCAAGAAACCUGCACAGAUUGAAGCAAUCCUACGACGAAACAAAGACAAGCUACUUACUUUCCUGAGAGACUUCCAUAACGAUAAGGAAGACGAGCAAUUUAGCGUAAGCCCUUAA